AUGGACGAGACUGGCUGGCAGCCGGGCAAUGUAGGGGGUGGCAGAGUGCUAGCACAGAAAGGGGUCAAAACUGUGCAGACCGCCAUCUCUGAGAACCGGGAGAACACCACAUUUGUGGGGUGCAUUGCUGCAGACGGGACGUACCUUGAACCAGUGUACAUUUUCAAGGGGAAAAGGAGCCUAACAGCAGAUUGGUUGCGGGAGGGGGGUGCGCAUCCCAAUGCAAAAAUGGCAGUGCAAGAGAACGGCUACAUGACUGCCGAGCUCUUUCCCCAAUUCCUCCAGCACUACAUCGACACCGUCCCUGCCAAAAAGGAACUCAACCGCCUGCUCGCUGUAGCGCCCGAUCGAAGGCUCACAAAGGCGGAUGCUGUCCGAGUGCUGGAGGUAGCCAAGAAGGCGGCGUUUACUGUAGACAACAUCAAGGCUGCCUUCCGCGCUACAGCUCUGGACGCGAAGUUGGACGCAAUUGAAGCGGCACAACGGAAGGCAGGCUGGGAGGAGGAAGAGGCUGUCGCGGGUGAGCCUUUGAUGCCCACGUCAGGGCUGUCAGCCGUCAUAGCUGGGGUUUUAGCAGAGGCCGACCUUGCGGAGGGGGCUGCCGACGAACUCACCGAGAUCGGGGAGCCACAGGAAGCGGCGCUUGGCUUAGCGCCUGAGCGCAUGGUAGGGUCAAGAGCUCCUGAGGAGGAAACGGGGAGCAACGAAGCCUGUUCUGAAACGGGGGAGAGCGAGGGAAUCAGGGCCGGGGAAGGGGAGCAGCCACCCGGAGUGGGACAAUCGAAGGAGUUGCUGACGUCAUCAAGAGAGACCGCGGGGGAAAGGGGGGCUGUCGGGCCGGCACCAAGAGACGGUCGCGUGAUGGGGGCUAGUGUUGCAGCCAGCAACGAGGACCUGCUCGACGACCUCUCCGCUGUGAAGCGUUGGUCGCGCUUGGAGAAACGACCCAAAGUCGAAGAGCCCCCAAGGGGUGGUGUCAAAACAUAUUUCUAG